GUUCAGUUUGGUUAGGCUCUAAGAAAAAUCUGUGCGAUUACUAUAAAUAUGGUAAUAUUUAAUAAAAUACAGAUAAUUAGUAAUUACUGACUAUUAGUUAAUUAAUUUUAGGUAUUCUUAGGUAUUUGGUGAUUGAUAAAUGAUAAUAAUAUAAAAACAAUGUGAACUUACGUUCAGUAAUCCUAAUGUUAUGAGCGUUCAGCUUGUUAAAAUGUUCACUUCUAAACGGAAACAUAUUUUGGACGAUAAUUAAAAACUGUAAUAAACAAAAAUAUCAAAAAUACACACUGAAACGUACAACAAUGUUUUUUAAGAAUGAAAAAUUACUUAAUAUUACGUAAUAAGGGUACCAGAAAAAUUUUUUUUUUUGUUUUCGUUGUAAUCGUGCUAUUCCACGUAGCCGCGCAAAAUUUCACUUCAUCGAGUCAAUGGUACAUUGUCAAUAUUCAUUCUCAUUAAUUAAUUAUCCAUAUUUCAAGAAAUCUAUAACUAGAAUCAUUACUAAAAAAAUCAUUAAUUAAUUAUGCCAUCAUUAGUUAUCAUUUUAACUAUAUAGUUAUGUUUUUCACUAAAGAAAUAAAACAGUGUAUUGUAAACAGUGGUGGGUCGGCCAUUUGCACGGUGUGACAGAGUAUUUAGAUCCGCAUUCUGUCACCGGAGACCUUACUGCGUUGACCACCAAGUUUUACAAUGGCGUCCGUUUAAGAAUACCUACCAAGAAUUUGUGUUGUGACGAAUUUUUCUCCAGUGUUAUAUAAUUGAUUUGGACUUUUAAAAAAACCAAGUUUAUUUUUAGUUGUUAAUUAGUGAUAAAUAUCAGUGUUGUACAUUCAAAAUGUUAAAUUACAAGUUUUAAAUCUCUCAAAUGUUAACGUGGUCUACGUCCGGUCGCCGCUGUCAUAGCGCUAUCCCUUUCCCACUCACGCACUUAGACGGAGCUCUGCUCUCCGUCGUGCUUUCUCGCGCGCAGUCGGAAUAUCCGCUCAAUGGCUGGUGGGCAAGAAAAAUGGUAUUUUACAAAAGAACAAUUGCUCAGUUCUCCAAGCAGAAAAUGCGGUUUAGAUGCAGAUAAAGAAUUGGCAUAUCGGCAGCAGGCCGCGAAUUUAAUACAGGACAUGGGACAGAGGCUUCAAGUCUCUCAACUAUGUAUCAACACGGCGAUAGUUUACAUGCACCGCUUCUAUGCGUUCCAUUCCUUCACACAGUUCCACAGGAACGCAAUAGCUGCCGCCGCAUUGUUUCUCGCCGCAAAGGUGGAGGAACAGCCAAGGAAAUUAGAAUAUGUUAUAAAAGUGGCACAUGUAUGCCUCCAUCGAGGUGAAAGUCUCACCGCCCUGACGCCUGAACAAUAUCAAGAACAGGCGCAGGACCUGGUAUUCAACGAGAAUGUUCUCCUACAGACCUUAGGUUUCGAUGUGGCCAUCGACCACCCGCACACACACGUUGUACGGACGUGUCACCUUGUAAAAGCGCCGAAGGAUUUAGCGCAGACAUCCUAUUUUAUGGCGUCUAACAGCCUGCAUUUGACGACGAUGUGUCUACAGUACAGACCGACAGUCGUCGCGUGUUUUUGUAUACAUUUAGCAUCGAAAUGGAGCAAUUGGGCGAUACCACAGUCAAACGAGGGACGCCAUUGGUUCUCCUAUGUUGACCGGUCAGUUACCACGGACCUCUUGGAGAAAUUGACCGCUGAGUUCCUACUCAUCUUCGAGAAAUGUCCUUCAAGACUUAAAAGGAAGAUGAUGAAUGUUAAAGCUGCAGACGGCAGUUCGCCUCACUCGUUGCCAAACGCGUCCGGCUCGGGCGUCGCGAAUUCACCGUUUGACAAGAAGCAUCCGUCCGGCGCCGAUGAUAUCGACAAGUCCUUCGACAAAGAGUAUGAAAGAGAAAGAAGACGUCAACCGGUACCAGGUGGGUACGUACCUGCUACGACAGCAGCGCCACCACAGCCACAACCUCAGAGAAUAGACUAUAACCUGUACAGAGAGAAGAGGGAGAGAGAGGAGCGGGAGAGGCGGGAGGAGAGAGAGAGAAGGCAACAACAAGCGUUGCAACAACAACAACAGCAGCAACAACAAGCCAGGCCAGGAGCGCCACAGCCCAGGCCCAAUGCUCAACAACCCCCUCCCCACCACCGGCCGUCCAGCCAACAUCAUCAUAAACAACACCAUCCCUGGCCCCCCCACAAACCUCAUCAUCAGAAACCGCCACACGACCACAGACAUCAUCGGCCACCCAUACCCGGCCCAUCAACAUCUACAGUGACUGCCACUGCCACUACGGCGUCGUCACACCCGCCUCCCUCACAGCCCGAAGUGGUUCCUCAAAGAACGCGUCCCCCCUCCUUGUUCUCGCCUGAGAAUGCGACCACUCCCACCGCGGCUGCCGCGGCUGCUCCCCGGCGGCCGCAGCCCCAACCGCAGCCCCAGCCCCAACCCCAGGCGCCCCCCGCACAUCGACCCAAACCCGAAGUGCGGCCCACGCCACCUCCUGCACCCUCAGUACCUCAGCCCCCCAUACAAACACAAGAACAGAGGCCGCCCUCGCCACACAGGAAGAGGCCGGACCCCACUACAGCUAUCAGAGAAAUGCAACCCCCCGCUAUACUUUCCCCCUUCUCCUCGCCCCCCUCUAAAGAGCAACCAAAACAGCAGAGGCAAAGGCAACAGUCCAGCUCCUCAGAACCAGAGCUCGUGCCAGUCGUUAAGAAAAUUGACGAGACGCCCGGCUAUGAGAAUGUUAUACGGGACUCGCAGAGAGGGACGGCUAUUUCGGCGAUCAAAAACAGGGCUCCUGAGCGCAAGCCCGAGGCGCCCGCCAGGCCAUUGAAUGGUAUCGAAACCGAUCCAACACUAGUGUCCAACUUAUUAAAGGAAAGCCUCGCCAAGCCCGCGCCCAUUACAGUCGCGACGGAACGCAAGUCUCCCGAAGUAAAGCGCGAGCCCCCGCCAGAGCCGCCCCCCGCCCCCGCGCCUCCCCCACCUGUUGUCGUGGAACCUCCUCCUCAACCCGCAGAAGACCUCCCGGAACACAGACAUAAGAAAGAGAAAAAGAAAAAGGACAAACACAAACACAAGGACCGGGACAAAUCGAAGGAGGAGAGAAAGAAACAUAAAAAGGAUAAGGAGAAACGGAAAGAGAGCCCGCCGCCGCCGCAGCCGGUGGAGGCUCAGCAAGACGGCGCGCUGAGGAUAACCAUACCGAAGGAGAAGUUGUCGACGAGCCCGGGGCUCAAGAUCAAGAUCCCGAAGGAGCGGCUGGCGGCGCCGCCCCCGCCGCCGGCGCAGUCGUCGAGCCUGAAGAUCAAGAUCUCGCGCGACGUGCUGGACGCGUCCCGCAAGCGCGGGGCUGCGCCCCCCGGCGGGCCCCCGCACAAGCUGGCGCGCCACAACGGAGCCGCGCCGCACAAGGUCGUCGAGCCGGCGUUGGGCAACGGUCACGUGGGCAAGUGACGUCACAGUACAGAGCCAAGCCCACGGUAGCUUCGUGUGUCGACGUUUCUCAAGCAUCAACUAUCGGACCUCAAUAGUGUAGUGUAACUACGGUUAACGUUUUUAUUUUUCACUGUUUAACUAUUUUUUUUUCUACUCUUCUUGUUUCUAGACGCACGGUUUUGGCUCUGCUUGUGAUUUCCUUUUUUGAAAUUCAAAUCACGGGCGCCACGUCACGUCACAGCUGUGUUUAAAGCCAGUAUGUAGUUUUGUUUAUCGGUAUAACGUUGUAAAUAAAACCUGCGCGGUUGUGUCGUAGUUUUGUAAUAGACUGAUUUUUUAGAGCCAAAAUCGUGAUGUUCGUGGCGGGAUUUAGGUGCGGGGUUGCUAGCUACACUAAUAAAACGGCCUUUGACGCCGUUCCCACCAUAUUGGGAUUAAAUGGGCUUGAUAUUAAACGUAUAUGAGUGUCAGUUUAGCAGAUAUAUUCAGGGAAUAAGCCUUAGGCAAUGUAAAAUAAAAUAAACAUACCUUUAAGUGAUGCAACACUUAUGAUCUAGAAGGUAAAGUCGACUUUUCUAGUUUAAAUAACAACCACUUUACACGCCUAAUCUGACACUAAUAUACUCCCUUUUCGACGUAAAAUCGACAGGCAACCGAAAAUUGCUGAACUAAAAAAAUAUUGAAAACAAAACUGACGAAAAUACGUAAUUUUCCGGUUGACUGCCGAUAAUGACUGUUGUUUGUAAAAUGGUGAGAUUUUUUUUUAAUAAUUUAUAUGUAAGUGUAUAUUUUGUAGGUAAUUAGGGCCUGCCUAGACUCUUAUAGUAUUUUUUUUCCUAUUUCUGGCUGGCCCAUACUUAUCGUGCGAUGCGGGCUCAGUGACAUCGACAAACUUGGUAAAUCCGAGCUUACCCGAAUCGAAAAAAAUUACAUCUCAAUGCCGGUGCCACUAAGACCCACAUUGAUGCAGUGUCGAUAAAUUUAUUAUACUAUAUAUAUCGAUACUCUACGAUAGAAUGCUUACUUUAUGUAUAUGACGAUUCUUAUGAAUAAUUCUGAUUAGGUGUUAAAAAAAAUAUAAAUUAAAAAAGAAAAAUACAAAACAAAAAACAUUAUGAUGACGUAGCGACGUGUGAUUGGGAGAAUGAAUUUUUUGAGUAAUAAAUAAUAAAUUAAAGCAGAAAGCAAGAUGUAUAGGAUAUCAAAAGUAGCUUAAGAUUUUGUUAGGUAGACAAUUGUGAAUUUUUAAUUAAUUUAGUACCGUUCAGGGUUGUUGCACACCGGCGACUAUGACCGCGACUUUUUCGUGCGCGACUUGUCUGUCUAAUACUGUAAAUUCAACGAAUAGUUUGUAAGUAUGUGUUUCGCAUUUAGUAUAAAAUUGAGAAAGUGUUAAGAGUAUUUUGUACAAGUAAUAUUAAAAAUAAAUAUCAUAGAUAUAAUUGGUUCCGUUUUAAUUGUAAUUUUAAGGUGUUAUUAUGGCAGAGCUUUUUCACUUAAGUUGGUUUUUAUUUCGAUUUUCUGUCUUUUUCCCAUCAAGAUGCCUUUUGCGUUUCAAUUUUGGGCUGAUAUUUAUGAAAUAGUUAUUUGAAGUGUGUUUUUGUUAGAGAACGUAGUGUUUAUCAUACAUUAUAUCGCAUUGCCAUUGCACUAACGUAUAACAAAGCUCCUGCGACAAAUAAAUCGCCCGAAAAAGUCGCCCGAAUCGUCAACAGCCCGACUUUUAAUUUUAAUUUUUAGUAAUUAGCGACUUGUUAUAGAGAAAUAAAUUGUUAUUAUUUUCCUGUAAGGCUAGGUGUCUGUAAGUGUAAAUAAAACGUAUUAUUUUGAUUUGUGUCUAGUUGGAAUUUAACUAGCCUUCGCACCUUCAGCGUUGUAACGUACCGCCCGUUCGAACAAAGAGUGUGUUCAGAUUUUGAAAUAAGAAUGGGAUUUUUAAUGGCUAAAUUUACCCUUUUAGUAGUUGGGUAAAUUUUGUUUUACAAAUUUUUGGCACUCGUACGCAUUUUAAUCCACUCACAUUACGGGUAGUUUGAACUAUUCUAAUAACGGGUCUAUUUAUGUUUCUAUAACCUUUGGUGGGUGGUAAAUGAUUAAUACUAGCCGGGCUUAUUUCUGUGUGCCGGCUUUAACCUCCAAUUUAGUGCAUACUUGUAAAAGUUGGGCAAUAAGUUGCCCAACACUCGCGCCACAAUCCCGCAUUCUGAACACGCUCCAAUUUAGUCAAAUUGUAUUUAUGGAAACACAAGGAAAAGUAAUUUUUGUAUAAAUAUAUAUUAAAAAUGGUUAAAAAAAACAAUAACAAUACAUUAUAGCAAAAGAAUCGGCCAAGUUUCUUAAUAUAAUUAUGCGAAAAAUGUGAUAUAAAUGUUUUCAUUCAGGUGUAUAAUGGUUGUAAACAUAUAUCUAUAUAUACGUAAGUUCAUUUUAUAAUGGUACCCUUUUCAUUUAAAAUGUUUUUAGUCCAGUUUAAACAAAAUAGCUAAACUAUAUGACUACCCGUGUCAUUCGAGGAUCUAGUUUGAAGCGACGAUAGGGGCUCAUAAACGUACACCGCCAUGUUUGCUGCGUUCUGCGAUGGCAACCAGGAAUUUUAGCAAUUUGACCUAAAAUGUAGCAAUGUUUUUUUUUAUGAUUACAGAAUAUAUUGAUUCGAGAGUUCAUCCCUAAUAUCGCCCUUUUAAGCGACACAUACUAUUUUUUGAUGUUCUAAAAGUGCCUUUUUGGUAGAUUUUACUUCAUAAUUUCAGACCACGGAAAUUAGAUUGAAAAAAAACUGGACUAAAAACAGAUUAAAAUCAAAACAUAAACGAAACUUUGUGGUAGCAAAAGCUUUCUACAGUAUAUAGUUACAUUUAACCUGUAGUUUUGUAAAAUUAACCUUUAAAAUCUAGGUAAUAAUGAUCAUUUUCAGUUUUCACACCAAACAGACCAAACCUUUUUUAAUAAAAUCUAUAGUUUCUAGCCUAAUUCAAUGUAGAUAGUGUUCGAAUUUUACAAUAUGUCAUAUAGUUCAUAUCCUGUACAUAAUUGGUUGGUUUCCUAAGUCAAAAACAGUGUUUUGACAUUUCAAUCUCAUUACCAAAUGUUUCUCUAGCAUAUUAAAAAAAAACUAGUUUACUCAUUGCCUCAAGUCAGUAUAUCCUACAAAAUAUUUGACUAUUCGGAAACUAUCCAAUGAAAAAGGUUAAUUUUACAAAAUUUACAGUUAAAGCUUACAAUAUAAUGUUUAUACAAAUAAUAUAAUAUUGCAAUACUCAAUGGUUUGCCGUGAAGAGUAUUAAAACUGCCGUAUGUAACGAAUUUGUUUAGCAAGGAUUUUGGGUGAACUCAUAAAUUGUACUAAACAUCUCAUUACAACACUUAAAACCUGCCCUGUAUUGUAAAAUCAAUUUUAAAUAGUCUCUAAAUAUGUUCAAAAUUCAAUACGUUAUUGUGACAUGGACUUAGAACUCGCAUUUUAAAAUCUGUACAAUGAGACGCGCUACCGUGUCUUCCGAUACUAGAACUAACUGGGACUUAGUUGCCGACGAUUAGUUGCGCAACUAAGUUGACACCGUGCGAAACAAACUCUGGAUAAAUCAUGUUCGUCGUACAUUAGUUACGUCUGAAUUUAAUAACCGAUCAGCAUCCAAAGUCUUUAAAUCAAGAUUUAUAUUUGACUUAUGUCGAUAGAAUUCCUAUCAAAAAACCUAGAUCGAGAUUCAGAGAUUUUGGACAAUUUUUCAGGUUCUAGUACACAAAAAUGUUAUUAAAAUUUUGUAUUACAUAUUUAGUGAUUGUUUACGAAGCUUGAAUUUAUAAGAAAGCAAUAAUAAUGACUAAUGUUGUCGAAGAAUUCAAAUAUUUAAUGUAAAUUAUGCGUCCCUUGUAUCUUGUUGAAUGUUGGCUCAAGAGGUUAGCGUUGUAUGAAGAAAGAAAACGGAUUUUGUCAAGGAUUGAAUUGUAAAUGUGAUAAUAAAUAUGUCUUCUAAUUAUACGCGAAUGCUAUUUAAUUUGAAAUAAAAGUGUAUCGCGUCUUUACCUUGUGUCUCUUUUUAAUAGACCCCCGAAACCCAUUUUCAGUUUUGACUGUCAUUGAUUGUGACAAAAUAACAGAAAUGAGUUCACCCAAGUUCUAAGAAUUGUUUGUAAAUAUAUAUCUACGUAGAUUGUUUCUUUUUUCGUAUUAAUAUUAUAUUCAAAUUGAAAUGUAAUAUUCUAAAACACGAGAACAUACUUUAUUAGUGGGGAGCCCUAAGAUUAUGUAUUUUUUUUCUAAAUCAUCUAAAAAAUAUUGAAAAAAAAAGAACCUCAACAUUUUAAUGAUACCAUCUGUUUGUAAAAUUAACGAAGACUAGCUGUCAGGGAGUUUGAUUUUCUAUCUAAUGAGACUAACGGUUUAUGCUCGCCAGAUGGCGCUCUUGUAGCGUUAAAUCCUACUUCUCCAAACGAUUUUUACACAUUGUUUGGCAUUGAACCCAUUUUUGUCAGCCUAAAUGAUUGGUCAUUUUAUGGGAUUUCGUGCUACACAAGAAAACAACGUGUAACAUGAAACUGAUUUUCGUCCCGGCCUUGCAAAAAAAAGUAACCUGCGCUCUCCAAGGUCCUUACUAAUAAAAGUAGGUAUUCGUACACCUUAUGAAGCGAAAUAAAUAUAUUAAUAAACAGUUAAGAUUUGCCUCCUAAUGUUAGUGUUUCGAAAUACUAAGUUUUUCCCGUAACUUAGGUAUUUUUUAUAUAAUAAUUAACUUGUAAAUAGCUGACAAUGUACCUAAAUAAUCCUAUUAUAAUUCUAGGCUUCCAUUUCAGACUAAACAUGUAGUAAUUUAAUAAAUUAUACUAGAUAUAAUUAGCAAAAAACGUAAAAUACAAAUUCAAAGAUAUUCAAGUGACACAACACCCAAUUUCAAUAGAUAUUUCUUAUUUAAAAUUUCUUUAAUAAGUUUUUACUCAAUGCUUAUCGUCACGGUACCGAAUAAUUCACAACGAUGUCAUUAUUUCGGCCAUCUUUUUUUAUAUGAAACGUUCAAAUUGCCGCCAAAUUCUUUAUUGAUUUUUUCACAAUAUUAUUUGAUCAGAUAUGGGAAUCAAAUUACGCAGGGUUAAAUACUAAAACUGCUGUAUAUAGUGCCUAUUCACAUAUAUGAGAGAAAUCAAUACCUAAGUGCAUUUAGCUUAUCUACCUAAAUACUGAGUAAUGCAAUACCUAGUAAAAGUUGUUAGUUAACAGAAACACUUUAUGACAAGUACCUACCUAUAUAAGUCUACAAAUUAGAUAGCAAAUAACAUUAUCAAUUAUACCAAAUAAAGAAAUAGAUAAAUAAUGUCGCUAGAGUUCUAGUUUUCUUAGUAAAAAUAAAUCUGAAUGUUUUGUGAAAUAAUUACCUAUACAAUUUAUGCCACCAUCGACACGACUAUUUAUCCAUUUUAAAAUAUUUUUACACUCCCAAAAAUAGCAAAUGUAGUUUAUAAAUAUGAAUAAGCAUUUUAAAAAGUAGAUAGGCAUGAAUUAAUCGUGGAAGUUACGGGAAAAAGUGUAUUUUAGUGUUUUAAAUAAUACUUACAAUUGAUUCGCUUUUUGUAGGCACACAAACGUUAAAAGUACGCUUGUGUUUAAUAUUUUUUUAAACUCACUGUCGUGUACUGAUGACGACAUUUUAUUACUUUGACACGUUUCUUUGGAACCAAUUUUAGUAUUUAGCUUAGUUUCUAUUUCAUACCUUUUAUUUUCAUUGUAAUAAAAGUCUCGAGAGUAUAUAAAUUAAUUGUAAUAGAAAAAUAACUUUUGUAUUUUAUCACUCGCGUUUUUGACAUUGACAGUUAACUAAAAAGCGCGCGAAAACGUCGGCAUUGAUGAUUACGAAAACAGUAAAAAAAUAUUUUCAUUAUAACGUGAUGGUGAUUAUAUUUAUGUAUGUAUCUAGGUAUAUCAUGUAAACAUAUUAUUUGAUGUGGUUCCAUUUGAAAUUUGGCCUUGUAUUCACCCAUCAUUAUAAAAAUAACUUCAUAUUAUUUAUUUUAUAAAUAUUCAUUCUUACUAAGUUACGUUAAAAGUGGUUUUAAUAAACCUUUUUAACGUUACCUACUACGAAAUAUUUUAAAUGCAAUGGCCCGAUAUUUAUCACGCUAUGCAUUUGAGACUACAGAAAUGGCGUAUAGGACGCAAUUUCCUGUUUACGUAGAUAAUCGUCUAAUAUUUAAUUGUUGCGUAUAAAAAUAAGCUAAACUUAAGCUGUUUUUAAGUGAAACUUUAUAAAAAUUGGCAAUAAAAACGCUACGAGAAUUGUACUCGCAUUAAAUUUAGUAAGAAAUGUUUGCUGGAGAUUAGCUAUUAUAUUGGAAACUUCGACGCAGUAUGUUUUUUUAGUACCACAACUUCUGAUACCUAUAGGUUUGAAGCGGUCUGUCCAUUCGCUCGUGUAGUGGUUUUCAUUUAUUAUCAAUGUUUAGUUUCUUUGUCCAAAGAUGUAUGCUCUGGAUUAUUUUUUUAGUAAAAUGCCGGGAGGAGUGCUGUAC